AGUAGCUGUGACGUGACCAAAAGGGCGACAACUGCUGCUGUUUCCCGAUCGCGGGAUGCACUUUAUGCCUAUCUAGCAGUUACAAUAGAACGUGGUUAGUGAUAAAAAACAGUUGGAAUUAGUUCUUCUGAUUCCUGUUGAUGUAUUUUUUAAUAUGGGGAUCGACACAUAAGGACUAAAGAAACGAAUAGGAAGAGUAGAGUUAGCCCAGAGGGCAUUGCUCUCCAAAAAAGAAAACAAGGAAGAAGAGAUAGAAGAAUAAGAGAAUGUCUGGAAUAAAGAGAGAACUAGAAGAUAAGGAUCCGGAUUAUGAGGAUAUAUCAGUGGUGCAUCAGAGUAAACGGUUCAAGGUUACUGAACAGACAGCUCGUGAGGCAGCUGUGCAGAAGAUUGAGAUGAUCAUGAAAGAGCAGUUUUCUGUUGAAAUGAAGAACAAAGAACAUGAGAUAGAAAUCAUAGAUCAGCGUUUGAAUGAAGCCAGAAGAAUGAUGGACAAAUUACGAGCUUACAUAGUGGCUAAUUACUAUGCUUCCGCGGGUCAGUCUAAAACAGAGCCGUUCAAGUCUUGUGAUCCAUCAGUAUUCAACCACCCUGCCAUAAAAAAGUUUAUUGAGUCACCUUCCAGAUCAUCAUCUCCAGCUAAUCAUCGUUCUGAGACACCGUCUGCCAAUCAGUCCGAAUCAGAGUCUGUUUCCCAUAUAAAUGACUACUUACCAGACAGAGAAAGUGGUGGUUAUUCUAAAGAAGAGCGACAUCUGGAUAAAGCAGAGAAGAGACCAGGCAGAAAUACUGGGCAGGAUACUUUUGGAGUCUCAACUUUGCAAGCAUCUGAGCCGAGGUGUACCACAUAUCUGUCAUCCUCUGAUGAUCCCUCGCGCUUGUACGUGAAAAAAACUAUUGUUGUAGGCAAUGUCUCAAAGUAUAUUCCACCAGACAAGAGGGAAGAAAAUGACCAAUCAACUCACAAAUGGAUGGUCUACGUGCGAGGUUCUCGAAAAGAACCCAGACUAGACCAUUUUGUCAAAAAAGUAUGGUUCUUUCUCCAUCCAAGCUACAAGCCCAAUGACCUGGUAGAAGUCAGGGAGCCACCAUUUCAUUUGACAAGAAGAGGGUGGGGAGAGUUUCCUGUCCGGGUACAGAUUCAUUUCAAAGAUUCUCGGAACAAAAGAAUAGACAUCAUCCACAAUCUGAAGUUGGAUCGAACAUAUACUGGGUUACAGACACUUGGAGCAGAAACGGUUGUAGAUGUUGACGUGUGUCGCUCUUCUCUUGGGGAGGAGUACAUUCCUCCUGUUCCUUCUACAAAACACCACCAAGAAGAUGAAACAAGUGUGUAUAAACCCUCUACUGUAUCAGCUAUAUCACUGACCACAGUUGCAUCCUCCCAGGUGUAUUCACCAGUCAGAUUGUGCCAUGAAUCCCAGGCACACACUUCUGUGGAAAAAGGUUUCUCUGUUAAAAGUGAAUCUGGGAGAUCUUCAACAUAUUCUUUAGCUUCAUCACUUGAACGUACACCAACUAAAUUAACACAGAAGAUUGCACUCGGUUCCCAUGGCAACUCAGCCUUCCAGCCAAUCACUGCAAGCUGUAAGAUUGUUCCACUGAGCCAGGCAUCAAAUCCUGCUGAGUCACCAAGCAAGUCCUUUCAACCAAUCACCAUGAGCUGCAAGAUAGUGUCAGGAUCUCCAAUCUCCACCCCCAGCCAGUCCCCCCUUCCACGUACCCCUAAUUCCACGCCAGUGCACAUGAAGCAGGGAACUUCAAGCUCCACCAUCAGUAAUCAGUAUCUUACAGUGGAUAAACCUGCACAAGCUGUUGGAGUGUCAGCUUCUAAUACAGGAAGUCCAUCAAGUAAGCAGUGCACAAUUUCCCAGGCUGCACUGGAUGCCAGAUCUCCAGUUCCCAGGGUCCAUGGCAGCAGUUUUGUGACAUCAGCUGUAAAGCAAGAAGAAUCCUUAUUUGCAGCAAUGCCCCCUCUUUGCCCAAUUGGGAGCCAUUCCAAGUUACAGAGUCCUAAACUUGUGUCAUCUGGGGGGAGUGGACCCUUCACAAAGGUGAUAAUAAAACAAGAACCAGGAGAAAUUACUCCUCAGCUGCCAAACCAUCCACCAGUAAGCACUCCAUCUUCUCAGCAAUUGAUUACUGUCAAGACAGGGCAGGUGAUUGCAGUUUCACCACAGAAGCAGGCCAGCAGUGUAACAGAAGGAGUUGGACAGACCAAGGUAGUUAGCAUUCCUGUGGGCUCUGCUUUACAGACUGUAAAGCAGGCUGUGGCAAUCAGUGGAGGUCAGAUACUUGUUGCGAAAGGUAACACUGCAACUGCUAAAACUCUUGGACAGAAACAGGUCAUUGCCCAAGGGGUGGCCAAAGCUAUUGUAAGUGGAGCUGGCACAACCAUCCUUGCCCAGCCAGUACAGACAGUGACAAAGGCUCAGAUUGCUUCAACUGGACCUCAAAAGACUGGCACACAAGGUUCAGUCAUGGCUACACUUCAGUUACCUGCCACUAAUCUUGCAAACCUGGCUAACUUGCCACCAGGCACUAAACUAUAUCUCACAACGAACAGCAAGAACCCAUCAGGAAAAGGCAAGCUGCUUCUCAUUCCACAAGGAGCGAUACUACGGGCCUCUGGUAAUACAGGUCAGCAAUCCAGUGCCACUUCAUCUUCAACAGGGACUGCUGCUACGACUACAAGUGGCUUUCCUCAGCAUUUAACUUACAAUUCUUAUGUUCUUAAACAGACACCCCAGGGCACAUUUCUGGUUGGCCAGCCAUCUUCUCAGGCAUCUGCAAAGCAAGCAGCAACCAGCACAAUAGCUUCAACUGGUGCAGCUCAGGGAGGAGCGGCUGUGUCACAAGGACAGUCGCAGACAGUGAGAGUAGCCAGUGGUCAAAAGGCUACUAUACUUACACAGGUUGUUGCUGGUGGCCAGACGACAUCGAUAAAAGUACAUGAAGGAACAGUAAAACAGGCGCCUCUCACAGCACAUGUCUCGAGGCCAGGAACCACAACAUUAAGGGUGGCUGGAGGUGUAAUCACAGCAGCUAGUAGUUCUACAGCAGUGAGUUCAUCUGUAAGUGAAGGCACGCAGCAGCCAUUAGAGGGAUCAACUCUGAACUCUACCACUAUUUCCAUACCUCUUGUUAAAACUGCUAGUCAUCAGUAUCAGCCUGUCUUUGUAAGUCAAGGACAAACCGCUGGAGCUGCUAAAAGUGGGACUGCUGCCUCCAUAGUAGCUAGUUCUAGCAUCGGGACCGCUGUCAAAACAACAGCCUCAGUCACAGGUAUGUUGAAGAUCCAGUCUGGUCAGACUAGCACCCAGCAAGCUGUGCUAACUAUUCCUGCCAGCCAGCUAAAGCAACUUGGAGUUAGCACAACAGCAGGCAGUGUUCAGACUAUCCUAAUGCCUGUCAGCAAAGUGCUACAGCCUCAGUCAACAAGUAAAACAGCUCCUGUUGCCAUUACUACCACUGCCGCUACUGCUAGCGCUGCCAGCCCCACUGACACAACCACCACCACAACUACCACCGCGACUACUGUUUCAGCCUCUCCCAGCAUAACAACACAGAGUCAUAUCACAGUACCUCUCACUAAAGUGAAGACCGAGCCUGGUACCAGUACUCAGCCAUGCAGCACUGCACUCCCAUCAACUCCAUGUGCAUUUGUGAAGGUUGAACAAGGCAUUGAAACUGUAGCAAUUCACUGCAACAUUGACACAGAACAUUUAGAGAACACUCGUCAACUUUUAACAGCUGUAGUGAAGAAGUGUCCUCUGAUAGUAGGAGAAAAAACUGAAGAGUGCAGUCCAUUCUGUGCCACAUCUCUUGAUCAGUAUUACAGCUGGAAUAUUGGAAAACGGAGGGCCGCUGAGUGGCAACGUGCAGUGACCGUCAGAAGAAUUCUUCUUGGUGUUGUAGAGAAGUGUCCACGAUUUACAGAUGUAAGUUUUCUUAAAACCAAACACAUUGUCCAGUGGUGUCGCCAGCGUGGCUACACUCCUCCAGACCUUGAAGCAGUGAGGAAUGACAUGGAGUCAUUAGAAGACAUUCUGACGCAGAUUGACAGUGAACCAGAGUGUCCGUCCUCAUAUAGCACAGCCGAGGAGAUUUGUCAGAAGUUGGAACAACUGCAUCGGUUUAUGAAAUCAGAGCCUGAGAGUGAUGAGGAGGUAGAUAUCCUUAACGUUGUUGAGACCGUGAAAGUUAAAAUAAAGAAGGAAGAGGAAGAAGAAGAAGAUGAACCCAGGAUCUAUAUUGGAGCUACUCCAGCUGCUGAGAUGGUCCGUGAAACAGUUCAGCAGAUUGGCAUUUCAUUGCAGCCGGUUCAGCUUGAAAAAAAUGUUUAUUCACCUGUGGUAGAAGAUCUGAUUUUUAAGGCAACAGAACGGUUUGUUAGUGACGUUUUGAGAGAAGCACUGGCAAUAGCAUUACAGAAGGUUCCACAUCAUAGAGUCCCAAGAGAAGUCUCUGCUGUAAACAUUCAUCAGGCUAUCUGUAGUAUUCCUGAGUUUGAUUUCCUCACAAACAAGUUCAUGGGCCACCUUAAUGAGGAGAGAUACGCUGGACCAAGCCAGUAGAAAACACAAAGCAUCCACUUCAAAUGCCAGAGCAUUAGAGCCGACUGAUAUGCCAAGGUUGAUGAACAUACCUCACGCCAAGUUUGAAGUAAACAGGGAAAACAGUAGCGGCAGUAUUUAGAAAGUCCUUGAAAAUGCCACGCUUUACAAAAGUCAUUUGCUUUCUUUACAGUGAAGUAUUGAAACCUAGUAAGUACCAAGUGAGAAGAAUUGCUACACAGGCUCGGUGGAAGAAGUUAUCAUGCCUUUGUCUAGGCAUUUAACUGUAGUAAUCAGUAUUCUUCUGAGAACUAUAUAAGGUGUUGUCACCUUUUAUGUGUCUACAUUUUUGUUGACUUAGUAACUUGAGCUGAAUUUGCUUAGAAGUGAAAAAGAGAGGUUCAGAAGACCCUUUCUUGCUUUAAACUUUGUGGCAAAAUCUGUGAAGCUUUAACUCAAGACUAGUUUUGUUAAUGUCCUGGAAACACUUGAACUGGUACACAGAAUGACUAUUUUGAUAAUUAGUUACCAGUGCUCUCCACAUGCCAGGUAUUCAAAGGAGGAGCCACAAAACCUCUGGGAUAAAUUCUGAGUUUGCAGGAGAUGUUGUUGACAGCAUAAUAUCGACUUGUUUGUUCUGUGAACUUGAGCAAAGUAUAACCAACAGUCAUACAUCUUUUAUUUCUUUUAGUUGACUGAAGUCUAGGGCCAGUGUAUGGGAAAGAUUUACUGAUUAUGAGGCAGUUUGUAUGCCGUGAUUACUGAUUUAUUAACUCUAGCACUAAAGUACAGAAACAGCACAUGAUCUGUGAAGCAGUUAAAAAGUGUUGUGUACUUGAUAAAAAGAAAGAAAAUAAGACGUCAGCAUGUCAUCCCUUUAUGCAAUAUUGCAUUUAUAUAAACAGCUACAGAAACAAAACUGUGUACACUUAGGAAUUGUGCAUAUUGCCAUACUUUUUGGAAAAUGUUACAAAAUAGUAAUAGUUAUGCAAAUUGGACAUCUUGGAUAAAAUUAAUUUGCACAAGCUUUCAUUUAAUUACCAAAUUGAGUGUUUUUGCAUUAUAUCAUGUUUUCCGUUUUAGAAAUUAUAGCCCUUGAUCAGUAUAUAUUUUUAUACACAUUUUAGCAGCUAUUUCUGGUUAUCUGAUAUCUUUACUUUUCUCUCAUGUUUAGUAGAUUUUUUUGUAACCUGAUAUUUGAUCAAAUCAGACUCACAGGCACCCCCAGCUGAUAUCAUCCUACUUGCUUCUUAUACCAUAAAGUUUUUCUAUAACCAAUACCAAUUCCAUUUUGUGAAAUAACUUGGUUUUGUAGGCCCUGUUCAAGUUCAGUGGCCAGGAGUAUGCUUAUGAAUCAAACUCUAGAAUACAUAGCCUAGGCAUAUAUUGUAUUUGUUAUAAAUAUAACAGUUAAUAUUUUGUAGUUUAAUAAUCUCACCUUUCAUACUACACGGAAGUAAACAUAAAAUUGCCAUUUACUGUAUUUCAUGUACAGCUGUAUAGUGGAUGGGUAAGUCAUACCUCUAGUUUCAAAUGCAGAAACAUUGCAUAUUGUUAAUAAAAAAAAAGAAAGAAAAGAAAAAAGUUG